GAGUAACAGACAGAGCUGGGCGGCUGCUGUCAGUGUAUAGUAAAGUAUUGUUUAGUUGUGUGUGCUGUAAUCGCAGGCAGUUCUCAUGUAGUGUGUGUCAUAAAAGUAAUUCGAAGCGAGCUGAAAUUAAAUAAACGUCCUGUGGUCGUCGGUUGAAACCAUUUAGCAAAAAGCCCAAAGACGCGUUAAAAAUUAAACAUACGUAUCAGAUUAUAGGUAUCUCUAUAUAUACAUAUAUAUAUAUAUAGAAAGUAUUAAGCAGAGUUUGUUAAAAUGCUGCUGGCCAAACAGAACAGUUUCAAUAUGCUGGACAGCGAUACGGAAAUGCAGGCGGACACGCUUUCCAGCUCUAGCCAGGAGCUCAAGUCCUACUCGGAUGGCGAGAUGAGCAAGCCGAGCAAACAACAGCUGGGUCAUUUGCCAUUUAAGCAUCCAUUGGAGCAUACCUGGACAUUAUGGUAUCUGGAGAAUGAUCGCAGCAAGAGCUGGGAGGAUAUGCAAAACGAAAUAACUAGCUUCGAUAUGGUCGAGGAUUUCUGGAGUCUAUACAAUCAUAUUAAGCCGCCAUCUGAGCUCAAGAUUGGCAGCGACUACUCCUUGUUCAAAAAGGGCAUACAGCCCAUGUGGGAGGAUGAAACCAACAAUGAUGGCGGCCGCUGGGUCAUCAGCAUCGGACGCUGCAGCAAACUGGAGCUGGACAAGCUCUGGCUGGACGUGCUGUUAAUACUGAUUGGUGAGGCUGUUCAGCAUACCGAGGAAAUCUGUGGCGCUGUCAUCAACUUGCGCAGCAAGAGCAACAAAAUUUCGAUUUGGACCGCCAAUGGGCACAAUGAAGUGGCCGUCAUGGAGAUUGGUUACAAGCUGCGUAAGCUGCUCGGCCUGCCGCCCCACAAUCUGCAGUACCAGAUGCACAAGGAUUCGAUGAGCAAGCAAGGAUCGCUGGUGAAAGCCGCUUACAUACUGUAAGCUGGUCCUGUAUGUUAUUUAGUUUGGCUAUAUAGCAGCAGUUGUCCCUCCCCCACUAGAGCCCCUAACUAACUGUCCCUCUAUAAAGCAGUUGACUGCGCGUGUAUUCCAAAAAUGUCAAAAAAAAAAAAAAAAA